CAGCAUAUCACCGAUCAACGGUAAGAGCCGAAGAUGUUGGCUCGAGGAGAGCCAGUAAUCGGCAUUCCUCAGAGGGGACAUGUGCACUGAUCAUCAGGGCACUGAUGAUCAGUGUGCCUUGAUGAUCAGUGUAGCCCCAGAAGUGCCACCUGUCAGUGUCCAUCAAUGCCAGCUGUCAGUGCUAAUCAGUGCCACAUAUCAGUGCCUACCAGUGCACAUCAAUGCCAUAUAUCAGUGCCCAUCUGAGCUGCCUUUCGGUGUCACCUAUUAGUGCCACCUAUCAAUGCCAGUCAGUGCCGCCUAACAGUGCCAUAUAUGAGUGCUGCCUUUCAGUGCCCAUCAGUGAUGCCUGUCAAUGCCCAUCAGUG